UACUGACAUAUGCAUAAAUGACCAUCGGUAUCAUUUUGUGGGAGUUUCGCGGUACGUAAUCGGUGAUCGUUUGUCAUUGAGAGUUCUCGUCUCGAAAGGGAAACUGUUAAAAUCUCUCGAACAUUCGAAGGUGUGAUUGCUGAAGGGGCGAUCAGCGACGAUGGACGGUAGCCGCAAUUUCUUAGAUGGGAAUUCGGUCCCGUGUUAAUUGCACGUUUCUUAAGCGAACACAGGCAACGUCCGACAAUUAGUUACGCCUCCCUCCACGCAAAUGAUGGACGACGAGACCCGUGUGCAUCGCAGUGUGCAUCGCCCGCGGUAGUAGGUUGGCACGCAGAUGGAAGUGGCAAGAAAUCUACCACCACCAAGCCGUAUGCCUCCCUUCUUCCAACGUCCACGGUACGACGCGAUGGUCUCUUCGUGGUUGGCUAUGGGCGGUGUGCAGAGCGGAACUCAUAAUCUUGGAGAGGCGUUAUGGGUGCAGGAACGACAGCGGCAGAAGUGCCAUCGAGAGGGCAGUCGCUACGACUCCCACUCGGCACAGUCGACGCAGGAUCGCAGGAAGCUGUUGAAGCGUACAAGGAGUCUCGCAGUAAUAUCGGAAGACGAUUCUCGACAGGAUCGAGAAGCGACGCACUUUCGACUAGGCCAAUCGACUUUCGACCUGCCCAGGAGACAUCAACUGAUACCGAGAGCCAAGCUGAUCGAUCGGAAUUCUCUCAAGGAUAGACUCUCUAAAAGUCAACAGCAUCUCUCGGAUUCUUACGAGAGAUUCAACGAGGCAAAAUCUUAUCAUUCACGGUCAACGUGCGGUCUUCAUUCAAUUCCAUCGGGUCUCGCAUCACUUCCAGAUCCGCUGCCUUAUACUCGAAGAAAUCGCGCUGAUCCUGAUCGACUAAAUAUUCUCGACUGGCCAGAUCCGAGACGAUACCGCAGCGUGCAAAACUUGGAUACCGUAAGCGGAUUAGUCGACAUCGUCGAAGAUAACUGGCCUAUCGAAGGCAAUCGGAGCAUCGAUUGCAUAUACACGCAGGUGAAGCGCAAGCGUAAGGAGCACAGAAGCUUAGACAGUAUCCUGUUUGAAGACGACGGAGAAUUGGAAUACUUCGACGUGCUAAAUUUACUGCCUUUAUCCAACAUACGGCUAGAAUACAACGAGGCGGACUCGUCGAGGAACGGUAAUUUCGCGCGAAGGAAGGUACACGGUCUGCGAGAUUUAAGAGUACUCGAAUACAACGAGCCAAGCGGCGCGAGCGAGGUUUCGCCGACGAGGAGCAGCAACGCAACGGACGAGGAGAAAUGUAAGGAGCACACGGCGAACGAGGAUAAUCCCGCUCAGGCCGACGACGAACCUGAGAAAGAAGUUCACGGGGAUCUCGAUUCGUGCAAGGGGGCGGACUCGUGCCAGCGGAAGCGUCGAGAAACCGACGACAGUUCCGGGGAAGAAGAUUCGGAGAUUAGUUCAACGACCAAGUUCGCGGAAGCUCAGCACACCCCCUCCUCUUCAUCCAAGACCGAUCAUAAGGGAGCCGAUGUCGAAAAUCUCGUGACCUCCUGCGAGGAGGAUCAGAAGAUCGAGGAAGUGGAAGAUUACAAUUCGAUCUGGAUCUCGGACGAGGACCGGAACGAGAUGUCACGAAGACCACAAAUUCUCAAAGUCAUCGACAAUGACGUCACCAGAAGACGCCAUCGGCGUUCCGUCGUGGAGAUCGAUGCUAUCGUCGAGGACGUGCCAAAGGAUAAGAGAUCGCAGGAGAUUACGAAGGAAGCGAACGAUCGUAUCGACGCCGCCGUGAUUAUAUCGAUUAAUAAUGUGAACAAGGAAGACGAAGUUCGUGGAAGAAAAGAAACUGCGGCACCGGAAAAUGCGGAAAAUGGAGCGACGGCGGGAGACGCGAGAAAUUUCUUCGAGCGGAAAAAUACCGAGAAGGAGGGGGCGCGAAAUAAGCAGAACGAGGGCAGAUUUGAGAGGAUCGUGAAGGAGACGUCCAACAUCCUUGGCAAGGCGUGCAGCGCUGUAAAGGACAGUCUGGGCUUCGAAGCGAGAUCCGAGAGUUCUGAUCUCGGCCUCGGUUCCGAAUCCGGUAGCGAUUCUCGCAGAAGGUCGGUGGACGAUGGCAUCGAGGACGACCGACCAUCGAGGAACAUCGAACAUUCUGACAAAUCGCCGAGAACAGGCGACGAUAAAAAAUUGCACACUAAUCUCAUCAGGUCCAGGAGCUGCGUGGAUUCGAUAGAGUGCCAGGACGAUGGUCCGGAGUUCGAUCACGUGCGCUACAAGAUCGUCAAGUCGCACAUGUUUAGCAAGAAUAUGUUCAGCAUCGCUCGAGGCGAUGUUACAUAUGAGGGUCUGAUGCAAUAUUUGCGCGAGUAUUCGUUCCAAGAAUUGCUGAUGGACAACAACGUCGUUAUCAUCGAGCCGGUUCGUGCCGAGCCGGUGGAACGGAAAUCGUCGCCGUUGGCUAGAGCGGAACCCACGUGCAAGAUCGCCGGCGCGAUUCAAAAGAAGAUGGAGAAUCGCGAGAAAAACGGCGAACAAUCCGAGAACAGUGGCACCGCUAAAAGCUCUAGGCAGUCGUCCAUUAGAAAGCACUUUUUCUACCAACCUAUACGGGUGAAUCGUGAGCUGAUUGACGAGGAGCUACCGGAUCCGGAUACUGUCAGAAACGUGAGACGCAUGUUCGAGAAUACUUUGGAGAAAAAGAAAAGCAUAUCCGACGUCGAGUUCUCCAGAGAUGACAAGAGCAGAAGGAGCGUCAGCAUGAAGGAUUUGACUAGCAUCGACGACAGUCGAUACGACGAAAUGUCCGACAAGACACGCGAAGAAUCCAGAUCCAGAUGUUCCAGUAGAGCGAAAGAUCUCACGAGACUCUUCGAGACCAAGUCCGCGUCAUCGGCCAUUUCCGUUGCCAAGGAGGAACUCGGAAGUCCGCGUUGCGAGUCAAAAACGAGAAUCCUCGCGCAAAGUUUCGAAGCUAGAAGCGGGAACACUUCACCAAGCGGUUCCAAUUGUUCUAAGAACAAGGUCGGCCGUUACCAUCAUCAUCAUCAUCAUCAUCAUCAUCAUCAUCAUCAUCAUCCAAAUUGGGAUUCCGGUAGCAUCAGUUCCGGCGUGUCUAGCGAUUACCCCGACACCGAUCCCGGGAGUGGUGCUCAUUGCACGUCGUCCGAUGACGAGGAUGUGAAUUGCAAUGAUGACGAUGCGGAUGAGAGUGGUCCAGGGCAUUACGUGUCCCAAGACGUAUUGAAAAAGAUCCGUGAGUAUGGUACUUCCGUAACUUAUUACGGUGGGAAGGUGGUCAAUAUGCACAAUGGACCGUUGGUAUCUCCGUUGAUCUCCGGCAAUGGAUUCAAGCGGAUUGAUAAAUCGAACGAUUACGUAAAAUUCAAGCUGGUGAAGAGCAAUUCCUGCGAUAGCAGACUCGAGUUGGCGGGUAGGCUUGUUGAGGGACAAUCGUUGCGUCGCAAUCGCGACAGAGGUGCCGAUCUCAGACAAUGCACCAUUGUAGAAACGCCCAGCAUCGAGAUCACGACAAUUGACAGCAGACAAAAAGAUGAAGCACAGAGGAAUGAAAAUGUCGAGCAAGUCGAACGGGUUAAGAGAGAACCGCCGGUGGUGAUUGGUUUGGAACCAAAGAGAGAAGAUUCCAAGGACUCGAGAAAGACUUUCAAAGCUGACUUUAAGCUGGGCGAUCUGGACGAUUCGAGAUCCAAUUAUCCGAGCAGAUUCACGCCGAGUGCAUUGACAAGAUGGGAGGUGAAUACGAGUUGGAAAGUUGGCAACGAUUUCGGUAAAAUGGAAUUUGAGGAAUUCGAGGUGCUCGAGGACAGUCUCAAUGGAACUGACGAGCAGAACCAAUGCGCGCAAGCAUCCUGAAUGAGGAAUCUUUUGUAUGAUAUAUUUAUUUCUUUGAUACGAACAAGAGAAAAUGAAGAUUAUUUCAGAAGAUAACGUGAGAUAAUGUAAUUAUUUUUGUAAUGGAGUUGCGCAAAGACAUUUCUUAGCAUUAUUUCUUUAUUUUAUAAACAAAAAUAAUGGCAUUAUAUUUGCGAAACUUCAAUCGCGAUCGAAUAAAUAUUUUGUUGGAAUUAAACUAAGAAUCUUUUCAGACAAAAAGUUCUCUCUGGCAAAUGCUUCUUCUGACAAUAUCGAAAAUAUCGCGAGAACAUAGUCAAUAGUCAAAGUAAUUAUAAUUUAUUUGAUAUGUAAGUACUAUUGAUCAAUUAGUUUAUUAUUCCAGGUGGAUAAAUCCACACGAGUCAUGUUAGAGCAGGUGAUAAAUGUUGACAUGUACUAAAAUAAAAUACAUUAAAAAUUUAAUGUAAUAUUGCAUGCAAUACACAAGGCACACACCCGAACAACCGAUAUAAUUUGAAUGUAUCAAAUAUGUAAUAAAUAAUCGUAUGUAAUAAUAUCA